UGUCCACUCUCUGCAACCACACGCCAUCUUCAAACAUCCAGACCUAUAUUCUCUACUCCCACUCACUGUCCUCCUUUCUCUCCAUAUUCGAUUCUCUCUAUCUCUCUCUGUUUUUCUGCAAUCGGCCAUGGGAGACGACGGACAUGUGAAUGCUAUGGAGGACGAUGAAGCUUCUGCCGCCGAGCAACGCCGAGCCAUCGAUAUUUACCCUCUCAGAAACUACUUCUUUGGAUCCAAAGAGGCUCUGCUUUUCAAGAACGAGGCCUUGGCUGAUCGCGUCCAGAGGAUGAAUUCCAACUAUGCCGCUUACGGAUUGAGAACUUAUGUCGGAGCAGUUUUGCUGGUUGAACUAUUUAAACAUCCUCAUUUGUUGCUAUUGCGAUUACGAAAUUCAAUUGUCAAGCUUCCUGGUNUGCAUAAACGAUCUCAAUUUACAGAUCUUGAUGGUCUGAGACGAAAGCUGUCAAGCAAGCUAUCUGCCAUUGGAGCCUCUGAUGCAUCUGAUUGGGAGAUCGGCGAGUGCCUUGGGAUGUGGUGGAGGCCUGACUUUGAAACCUUUGAUCCACACUUGUCCAGUAAUGUAAAAGGCGCCAAGGAGUGCACUAAACUCUUCCUGGUCAAGCUGCCGGAGAAUCGAGAAUUCUUCGUGCCAAAGAACCUCAAGUUGAUAGCAGUUCCUUUAUGCCAGAUUCAAAAAAGCCAUGAGACAUACGGGCCAGUCAUAUCGAGCCUUCCGCAGCUGCUUUCUAAGUUCUCCUUCAACAUCAUUGGAACCUAAGAAUAUUUAUGAGUGCAUUAUAGAGGCGUGAGGUAAGUUUGUAUGAAUGUGUGAGAGAUCCUUUUUAAAACAUGCACAUAGACGACGGUGUGAUGAUUUUGUUAAGCCUAAAGAUAACAGUCAUGUAGUUCCCACAUUGUUACUUCACAACUUGAGUUCUAAGGAAUGCUAAAACUAGACGAUUGCUUAAAUUGCUAAUUCUUGACUUUCUUAUGCUUU